UGUGAGAGAGCUCUGAGAAGGAAGUCAUGGAGGAGGACGUGGAGGGCGACGGAGGACGCGGCGGCGAUGACAUCAAAGCUCCUGCUAGAAAAGGAGGGACAAGUUAUCUGUUUGUUGUAGGAGUUAGCAUGCUUAAGGAAGCAAUUGAGGAUUGGCACAGAUUUACCCAGGAUCUGGAGGUAAACUCCCGAGUUGUAAACGUGCACGUAGGAGAUGGCAUAUUCAUAAAUAAACCAUGGAAAACACUUGCUGUCGGUGAUAUUGUUAAAGUUGAGAAAAAUGAAUACUUUCCGAGUGAUCUCCUUUUGUUGGCUUCAAGCUAUGAAGAUGGUAUUUGCUAUGUCGAAACUAUGAACCUUGAUGGAGAAACCAAUUUGAAGCUUAAGAGGUCCCUUGAAGCCACACUUAGUCUGGAUGAGGACGCUGAGUUCAUCAAGUUCCAAGCUACAAUACAUUGUGAAGACCCAAAUCCGAAUCUUUAUUCUUUUGUUGGAAAUUUCAAGUUUGAAGAUGAAUCAUACCCGUUAAGUCCACCUCAGGUGCUUCUAAGAGAUUCAAAGCUUCGUAACACUGAGUACAUUUAUGGGGUGGUUAUCUUUACUGGACCUGACACAAAAGUGGUACAAAAUUCGACCAGGUCUCCCUUGAAAAGGAGCAAAAUAGAGAAAAAGAUGGAUUAUGUAAUUUAUCUUCUCUUUGCAAUGCUUGUUCUAAUUUCUCUCUUCACAGCUAUCGGGUCAGCUUUGUACACAAAAACAGAAAUAUCCAAAUGGUGGUAUCUUCGUGUAGACGAAGAUGAUUCAUUCUUCAACCCAUUGAAACCAGCGUUAUCGGGUACGUUACAAUUCUUAAGGGAACUUAUUCUGUAUGGUUACUUAAUUCCCAUAUCUCUCUACGUUUCUAUUGAGGUUGUCAAAGUAUUACAAGUGUUGUUGAUCAAUAAGGAUAUACAGAUGUAUGAUACCCUAUCAUGCAAAUCCGUUGAAGCCCGUACUUCUAAUCUGAAUGAGGAGCUUGGUCAGGUGGAAAUAGUACUCUCUGACAAAACAGGAACUCUGACAUGUAAUCAGAUGGAAUUUAGAAAAUGCUCUAUUGCAGGUGUCUCAUAUGGUGGUGACAUAAGUGAAGUUGAUUUUGCUGUUUCUAAGCGAAUGGAUGCGGAUCUUGAAAAAUACGUCUUUAGUUCGCAGGGGUUUAAUUCUUUAAGUCAAAGCCUUGAGAAAUUUGAGUUCUCCUGUACUGAUUAUUCCAUUUCAAAAGCUUCUGUACAUCGUGAUAUUAUGAAAGAUCCAGGUCUGGUAAAUACAAAAAUGUCUCACCGGGAGAAUGCAACCAUGGUGAAGGGUUUCAACUUCCAGGAUGACCGUCUCAUGAACAAAAUGUGGAUGAGCAGAUCACAAUUACCUGAUGUUAUAAUGUUCUUCAGGGUCAUGGCUUUAUGCCACACUGGGAUACCUGUUGAAGGUGACAAUUCAGAGAAUCUGAAGUAUGAAGCAGAGUCUCCAGAAGAAGUUUGUUUUCUGAUUGCAUCCCAGGAGUUCGGAUUUCAAUUUUGUCAAAGAACUCAGUCUAUCAUGGUUCUUAAGGAGUUUGAUCCAUCUAAAAAAUUGAUUGUGGAGAGGAAAUACAAGCUGUUAAAUCUGUUGGAAUUCAGCAGUUCUCGUAAGAGAAUGUCUGUCAUAGUAAGUGAUGAAGAUGGUCAGGUCUUUCUACUAUGCAAAGGUGCAGACAGCAUUAUCUUUGAAAGACUGUCUGAUAGUGGAAAGUCAUAUCGGCAGGCAACAAGUGCACACCUUUCUGAUUAUGCAGAAGAUGGCUUGAGGACUCUGGCGUUUGCAUAUCGAAGAAUUCAACCAGAGGAAUAUGAAAGCUGGAAUACAAUUUUUACGAAGGCUAAGACUACUGUAGGUCCUGGAAGGGAAGAAUUACUAGAGCGUGCAUCAGAAAUGAUUGAAAAAAAUAUGAUUUUGGUUGGAGCUGUUGCAGUAGAAGACAAACUGCAGAAAGGGGUUCCAGACUGCAUAGAUAAACUUGCACAGGCAGGGCUGAAGAUAUGGUUACUGACGGGUGAUAAAAGGGAGACUGCCAUCAAUAUCGGGUUUGCUUGCAGUUUGCUUCGACAUGACAUGAUACAGUUCCAUAUAAGUUUAAGUAAAAAAAAUGAAGCAAGCAACGAAGAGAAGGCUAUGAUGGAAGAGAUAAUGCUUCAAAUUCAAACUGCUUACCAACUUACGUUCGAAGAAAGCGAUAAUGAAAUACCAUUUGCUCUAGUGAUUGAUGGGAAAGCCCUUGAGCUUGCUUUGAGAACUGAUGUCAAGGAUCAAUUCUUACGCCUGGCUACAAGCUGUGCCUCUGUUAUAUGCUGCCGUGUUUCUCCUAAACAAAAAGCUUUGAUCACAAAAUUAGUAAAGGAAUACACUGGUUGGACAACCCUUGCAAUUGGAGAUGGAGCGAAUGACGUUGGUAUGAUUCAAGCAGCAGAUAUUGGUGUUGGAAUCAGUGGCAUGGAAGGAAUGCAGGCAGUUAUGGCAAGUGAUUUCUCUUUGCCCCAGUUUUGUUUUUUGGAGCGAUUACUUAUAGUGCACGGGCAUUGGUGUUAUAAGCGAAUUUCCAAAAUGAUUCUCUAUUUUGUUUAUAAAAACCUUACAUUGGGUCUCACUCUAUUCUAUUAUGAGUUGUACACAAGCUUCUCAGGAGAGGUUGUCUAUAAUGAUUGGUAUAUGGUGUUAUUCAACGUUGUCUUAACUUCCUUGCCGGUUAUAGCUUUGGGGGUCUUUGAACAGGAUGUUUCAGCAGACGUUUGCUUACAGUUUCCAGCAAUUUAUCGCCAAGGACAAAAGAAUAUCUAUUUUAGCUGGAAAAGGAUUAUUGGUUGGAUAUUGAAUGGGGUUUUUGCAUCUCUUGCCAUUUUCACUUUGAACAUGUGCUUUCUCUCCCCUUCCGCUUUCCAAGAGAAGGGAAAAGUUGCAGAUAUUGCUCAUAUUGGAGCCAUUACAUUUACGUGCAUAAUUUGGACAGUCAAUUGUCAGAUUGCUCUCAUCAUUUCUCACUUCACGUGGAUCCAACAUCUUUUCAUCUGGGGGAGCAUACUAUUCUGGUACAUUUUCUUGUACGUUUAUGGUUUACUUCCUCCAGUAUAUUCAGAAGGAGGAUUCCAUAUAUUUACAGAAGCUCUGGGCACUGCACCCACAUAUUGGUUGGUCACAUUGAUUGUUGUUACUGUUUCACUUCUCCCCUACUUUCUCCACAUGGUGAUUCAACGGUUGUUUUAUCCAAUGGAUGAUCAUAUAUUACAAGAAAUGAAGCAUGAAGAGAAAGAUGUUACAGAAAGUGUAAUGUGGUUAAGAGAACAGAACAACUCUACACAAGAUACCCACAUCGGGUUCACAGCUCGAGUGAAUGCGAAGAUUCGUUUUCUGAAAAGACAAUUGCAACAGCAUAAGAAGAUUGCUGAAACAUAAACAAUAAACUCAUAGGAAAAAAUUGUGUAUAUCAAUGAGAAGUGAACCCCAUCCUUGGAGGUAUGUAGUUAUUGAUUUUCUUCAGGCUCUUGAUCAUGUUGAGGUAGAUUCCAUACAAAGUAAAAAAUGCUUAUGAAUUUGUAAAGUUUAUGUACCUUAACUUUGAUAUUAGCUUUGUCUGAAACCUGGAGGAGGGUGAAUCUUCACUGGUAUCAAUUAAGCAAGUUUAGGUGAUCAGUGGUUCCAUGGAAGUAUAGCAGGUAAAAGCGGGUGUCAGGUAAAGUCAUUUGGUGGUAAUACCAGUGAUCUGAGUUGAUAAAAAAAAAAUAGCAGGUAGAAUGGAAACAAAACUUUGAAAUUAGCGUCAGAAUCCAUGAAUAAAUUUACCGUUAAAGUCAUGGUAAAAAUUAACUUCUUAAAAAAAAAAAAAGUCCAAGUUCAAACUAGAGUCAGCUAUGACUUUAGGAUGCGGUUUGACCAAGCCAACCAGCUUUU